ACGGAGAGGCCGGGAUGCAAGCAAGUCGUUGUAGGAGAGAGUGCGUGCGUGAUAUUCUAUCCAGGAGAGUGCGACCAGUUCGCUGACUGCGGCGACAGCGAUUUCGGCAACAUGGGUAACGUUGUGGGGAUUAUUACUAACGGAAUUUAAUUGGGAGCGACCGGAAAAAUGGCAGAGAGGUUGGAGUGGGUGGAGAUCAUUGAGCCGCGCACGCGGGAGCGCAUGUACGCCAACCUCCUCACCGGAGAGUGUGUGUGGGACCCCCCUCAGGGGGUGCGUAUCAAGAGGACAGGCGACAACCAGUGGUGGGAGCUGUUCGACCCCAACACCUCCCGCUUCUACUACUACAACGCUUCCACGCAACGUACCGUCUGGCACCGCCCGCAGGCCUGUGACAUCAUCCCCCUCGCCAAGCUACAGACGCUGAAGCAGCACACGGACGUGCCCUGCCCGGGAGGGACGGGGGGGGACAAAGGAGGGAGGACGUCAACGGAUAACAGUCCAGGGAGGAGCAGUGCCGUCAGUCGAGAGGGGAGCACCUCGUCUUCACUGGACCAGGACCUGACCACAUCGGAGAAACAGGGGAACAGAGAGGAGGCAGAGAGGACCUCUCCGUUCAGGUGGAACACAGGUACUAAGGAGAGGAUGCUGAUCAAGGUGACAGACAGAGAACCCAGCUUCCUCUCUCACCAGGGGAAUGGUUACUCCCCCUGCGACCCCCCCACCCUCCCCCCAGUCCCUGCACCCGGCACUGGCACAGCCUCCCGUACCCGCCGAUCCUCUGGAGGCUCCGCCCCCCCUGAUGGUGCCCCUGACGGCUCUCCCAUCCUCUAUGUUGACCGCCACCAGUCGCCCUUCCUAAAACGGGCGGAGCUAGGGGGCGGAGGAACAGGGACCCACCGGCGCUCGUCGGCUGACUCACAACCCUCUUCCCCCCGCUAUGCCUAUGAACCCCCCCUCUACGAGGAGCCCCCCGCGGAGUACCAGCCCCCGCCCAUCUACGAGGAACCUCCCACAGAUGUGAUGCGCCACCUGGGCUCUGACUCCUCCUCCUUGCUGUAUGGCACAGGAAAGUCCCCCACCCGGGGAAAUCCCUCCUCGGGGACGCCCCUCUACCUCUCGCCCAAACAGAGCCACUCCCCCUAUGGUCAGCUGGUGCUGACCAGACAGAAGUGCCCAGAGAAGACACAGAGUCUGGAGUACAGCCCUGCUGGGAAGGAGUAUGUCAAACAGCUGGUGUAUGUGGAACAGUCCUCCUCCAGCCCACGUUUUAAGACGUCCGACCGCCUCCUUCGCUACGGGACCUCCACGGCCACCCCUUCCUCCACGGGGGGUUAUGGGGGCUCCUACGGGGGAUCCUACACCCUCCAACACAGCCAGAGUCUGAUCCGGGACCCCCGGCUGCUGCUGGACUAUGGGGGUGGGGAGGGGGGCGAAGGCGGGGGCCAGAGGCUGCUCUACGAGGACUCCAUGUCCUGGAGCUCCAGUCAGCACCACUCCCUCUCCCUCUCCGGGUCUACAGGAGGAGGGGGCUUCUCGCCCGGUGGCAACCGCAAACGCAAGACCCGGAAGCCCUCCCUGCCUCAGGAGCUGGGGAGUUGUGGAGGGGGUGGUGGGGUGGAGCGGGAGGAAGGGCCAAUGUCGGGGACGCUGUCGGAGGCGGUGAUGAACCAGGCCAGGCUGGCGUGGGAGGCCCAGCAGGUGAUGAAGCAGAGGAGCAGUUGGGACUCAGCCCCGGGAGGAGGGGGAUCGGCUGGUGGCUGUGCCCAGGGAGGUGUGUCUAAAGACGGUUACGAGAGCGACGGUGCGGUGCCCCUCCCCCUGCCAGGCCCGGUGGUGAGGGCGUUUAGUGAGGACGAGGCGUUGGCACAGAGCGACGGGCACCACGGGCAUUACCACUGGAAACGCAGCACCUUCGACAGACUGGGCUUCCCUCGGGCACUACUGGAGAAGAGCCUGUCUGUACAGACCAACCUGGCCUCGCCUGAGCCCUUCUUACACCCCUCACAGUCAGAGGAUCUUGGAGCCUGUGCUCAGUUCGAGGCAAGUCGUAAUGCUCGGAACAUGAUGCCCAGCGCAAGCUGUGGAGUUUUCCCAGAAUUCACCCUGCGGAAGCCGUCCUCGGAGACCGACAUCGAGAACUGGGCCUCCAAACACUUCAACAAGCACACACAGGGUCUGUUCCGGCGCAAGGUGUCCAUAGCCAACAUGCUGGCAUGGAGCAGUGAGCCAAUCAGGAAGCCCAUGAUCGUGACGUCAGACCGCGCGGUGAAGCGGGAGGCGGUGGAGAUCUUUAAACUAAUCCAGACCUACAUGGGAGACCGCCGAGCCAAGACUGACCCACUCACUGUCGCCCUGGAGGUGGCAGUGCGUGGUUGGAGCAGUCAGGGUCUUCGUGAUGAGCUCUACAUCCAGCUCUGUCGUCAGACCACAGAGAACUUCCGCUACGAUAGUCUGGAGAGGGGCUGGGAGCUCAUGGCUGUGUGUCUGGCCUUCUUCCCCCCAACUCCACGCUUCCACUCCUACUUGGAGGGAUACAUCUACAGACACAUGGACCCUCUCAACGAUACUAAAGGAGUGGCGAUAAGCGGCUAUGCCAAAUACUGUUACCGUAAACUGCAGAAGGCUGCUCUGACCGGAGCUAAGAAGGGGUUGCAGAAGCCGUGUCUGGAGGAGAUUAAACAUGCCAGGAACGCCAUAUUCAGCCCCUCCAUGUUUGGCUCCUCCCUGGAGGAUGUGAUGUCACUGCAGAAGGAGCGUUACCCCGACAGCCAGCUGCCCUGGGUCCAGACACGCCUCUCAGAGGAGGUUCUGGGGCUCAACGGAGACCAGACAGAGGGCAUCUUCAGGGUUCCAGGUGACAUAGAUGAGGUCAACGCCCUCAAGCUGCAGGUGGACCAAUGGAAGAUCCCCACGGAUCUGGAGGACCCUCACAUCCCAGCAUCUCUGUUGAAGUUGUGGUACAGGGAGUUGGAGGAGCCGUUGAUUCCGCAUGAGUUCUAUGAGGAGUGUAUCACUCACUAUGAUGACCCUGAGGCUGCAGUCAACGUUGUCAUGGCCCUGCCUCACAUCAACAAACUGGUGCUCUGCUACCUCAUACGUUUUCUACAGGUGUUUGGCCAGCCUACCAACGUGGUGAUAACUAAGAUGGAUGUGAACAACCUGGCCAUGGUGAUGGCUCCCAACUGCCUGCGCUGCCAGUCAGACGACCCACGCAUCAUCUUUGAGAACACGCGUAAAGAGAUGUCCUUCAUCCGCGUGCUCAUCCAGCGCCUCGACACCAGCUUUAUGGAUGGCCUGCUAUAGCCCCCCAACUUCAACUGUGCCCCAAAACGACCAUACGACACGGAGCGCCUCUCUCCCUGCUAUAGCCCCCCACUUUUCAACUACUCUACCCUGAAAAAAACCCACACGGGUUGCCCCCCAAUUUCAACUGUGCCCCAAAACGACCAUACGACACGGAGCGCCUCUCUCCCUGCUAUAGCCCCCCACUUUUCAACUACUCUACCCUGAAAAAAAAACCCACACGGGUU